GCGUUUUGUUGUGAAAGUCUGAUGACCGGAAACAGUGUAGUUAGCUCGUGUGACCUGCUGUGUCCUCCAACACUCGAGAUCUGACAGCCGGUCAUCUAAAGACAAGAGCAUCCGAAAUAAUGGUUUUCGAGGAGAAGAUGAUCAUGAACGGAGAGCCCGAUGAUGAGGAGGAAGAAGAGGAAGAGGAGGAAGACAUGGUGGAUCCUCUUGAAACAGUGCGACAGAAGUGUGAAGAGGCAGAGCACUGCGUCCACACUCGGGAGCGCCUGGAGCAGUGUGAGACCAGAGUUGGCUCUCGGUCUUCGACAGAGGAGGAUUGCACUGAGGAGCUGUUUGACUUCCUGCAUGCUCGGGACCACUGUGUGGCACAUAAACUUUUCCAUUCUGUCAAAUGAAAUCUUUCCUGAUUGAUGCACCAGUGGCUGAUGACAUUCUUCAAAUAUUGUAUUAUGAGGAGAACAUGGUUUUGAAUACAUCCAUAUGUGGAUCUGCUGUAUGUUGUAACUUUAAAUGUAUACUAUGCUGUAUCUGCCCAUGUGAAGAAACUUCAGUAUUUAAUGAGGUAGUCUGAGUCAACAUUUCAUUAAAGUGGAUGGCUUGAAAACCUUA